AUGGCUGAUAGACCGUCACGUUCACGUACGACAGAAGACGAAGCUGUAAAAUUGAUCGACGCACAGGGAUAUAAAAAAACCAAAAUUCGCCUUCACGGUAGAAGUGUUUAUCACAAUCCAAAGCAACCAGAGAAUAUGCAAUAUAUUACCUACGAUAAGGACGGACAUAAUGGUGGUGUCUGGAAAGCUGGAAAUAAGAAGUGGGCUGAAGGUGGAGGUAGAAGCGCGAGUCGAAGCGGAACUUAUGACGAAAAUUUGAAGAAAAUUGGAGAUUAAUUUGAUUUUUUACAACUAUUUUAUACGUGUUUGUUUACUAUUGUCUUUAUAUUCCUGACUCUUAUGAAUAAAUAUGAUAUUCAAAUAAGAAUAAAUUCUAUCCUUCAGUUAUAGCAGUAUGUUAGUUUCGAACAAGGCUGUGAGGUGAGAGUGAGGGAAGAAGUCAUAGAGUCAAAACCUCCUAAUUUGUUUAUAAGAAAAGAUCAAAAGGGAGAGAAAAAGAAAGAAACCGUCACAUAAAUCUCUCAUAUAAAUUGAGAAAUGAAGAUAUUGUUUAAUAAUUGAUGUGCGUUUCUGGUUUGAGAAGAACAAAAGAGAAAAAACAAAAGGAAGAACGAUCUAUCGGUAACUUCCAACUUUCUUACUACAUGUAUAAUGAUAAAGAGAGCGGCAAAACGCUACUUAUUAAAAACUCCUAUUUUCCCUUUAAUUUGAUUUUAAAUCAAUACAGAUUAAACCUUUAAUUCCCACCGCCCACAGGAGUGGGCAUCGAGAAAAUAUGGAACUGAAAAACUCUAAGAACACUUUUUGUAGUAAACUACAUGAGCUAUUGAUUAAUAGAAACGGCCGCUUUGACAUAUAUGACUUAUAUAAUUCAUGAUUUUGAUAAAAUACAGAAAAAUAGAGCAACCAAUUUUUUUACAAAAUCAGACGCUCUCGAGCUCUCUACAACAUUUUUUCAUUGAACUACAUCAGAUUCACCGAAAGCCUACGAGGAUUUUUUCAAUGCAUUCGCCGUACUUCCCUUCAAUAAUUUACCGAAGAAUGAAAGAAUAUGUCUAUACUUUUGGCACAUUACAGACACCAAGUCUAUCCGUAGCACUUUUGAAACCACUGUCGUGACGUGUAAAGGAUUAAUCUUUAGCUUACAAAUAUAUCUCAUAUUCAAUAAUUAACAAAAAAAUCCUCAUUCAGUUUUAAGUUAUUUAUUGAGAAUGAAAGCACACAUAUAAUAACUAAGACAAUAGUUUAAAUCUAAAAAUACUGUGAAGAAAUUCUAAUUAACAAUAAAUAAUUUAAUUUGAAAAAAAAUCAAAAAAAUUGCAUUCAUUUUUAUUGAAAAUUUUGCAUGUGAACACGAAUUGCAAUUUUAUUGAACUAAUGUUAAUGAUGAAGCUUUCUUUUGAUUUCGUCGAAGUUUUUGUUGAAAUAAUGUAAC